AUGGUCCAAUGGGCAAUCGAACUCAGUCAGUUUGACAUCGAGUACCAUCCAAGAGCAGCCAUCAAGGCACAAGCUCUGGCUGACUUCAUCGCUGAAUUCACUCUUCCAGACGAAGAAGCAGCUACCGACGAAGUUGAUAAAUGGAUAAUACAGACAGAUGGUUCGUCAGCCCAAAAGAGGGGGGGAGUAGGGGUCGUCAUAACCACCCCCGACGGAGAAGUGAUGAAAUAUGGAGUUCAACUGGAGUUUCCAGCCACCAAUAACGAAGCCGAAUAUGAAGGAAUAUUGACGGGCUUGAGGCUUGGAAAAGCUCUUGGUGCCAAAAACUUGCUUAUCCAGAGUGAUUCAAAGCUGGUAAUCGGACAGAUCAGUGGAGAGUACGAGGCAAAGGAAGAAAGGAUGCAGAAAUACCUUAAACUGACGAGGCAGCUAACUCAGGAGUUCGACACAGCGGAUUUCGUCCAGAUACCAAGAAACCAGAAUAUUGGAGCUGACGAAGUGUCAAAACUAGCGUCGUCAGAAGCGGGAAGGACGAGCACAGACGUGGCAAUAGAAAUUCAGAAAUACCCAAGUAUUGAAGAGGUGGCAGUGCUCACCACCCAGAGCACAAACACCUGGAUGACGCCCUUAAUAUCCUUCCUCCGAGACGGGCACUUACCCCAGAAUACUGACGAAGCCAGAAAGGUCAAAAAGAGAGCAGCCAGGUUCAUGAUCCUAAAUGACGUCUUGUACAAAAGAGGCUUCUCUAUGCCUUACCUAAAGUGCGUCGACGAGGAUGAGGCCAAAUACAUCCUAGAAGAAAUACACGGAGGAGUCUGUGGCGACCAUGCCGGCCCCAGAUCCCUAGUAAACAAGGUGAUAAGAGCAGGGUACUUUUGGCCAACCAUGCAGGGGGAUGCUGCUGACCUCGUCAGAAGAUGCGACAAAUGCCAGCGGUACGGGAAUGUACAACGGCUUCCAGCAGAGAAGAUGACGACCAUAUCCUCCCCAUGGCCAUUCGAGCAAUGGGGAAUCGAUAUCGUCGGUCCUCUGCCCCAAGGUAAAAGUCAGGCAGUACAGGUCGACCAUGAGGCCUAUAAAUCACUGAGUAACAAGAUUCCGCCUUGA